GUUAAGCUGACGGAAAUUCGAAUAAAAUGCACUUAUGACCGAGAAAUUGCUUUAGUUUCGUGGAAACUGCAGAGUUUGAGGGGCAAAAAACGUGUUGAUAAUUAAUUUUUGUCGCAGAUUCGAGGCUCAGAUAAUUAAGUUUAGUAUCUGUUGUAGCAACUAUGUCAAAAGAUACUAACCCUAACGAACGCGUGUUCGAUGAUUUUGAAGAAUAUUUAUUAAAUUAUUUGGGAGGGUCAAAAAAAGUUGCACUGUUAUUGGAUUACGAUGGAACCCUUACGCCAAUAGUCGCACACCCAGACCUUGCCAAAAUACCCGCGCAAACCAAAACAAUUCUAAAAAGGCUUUCUGAAUUGCCGGAUGUAUUUGUUGCAAUCGUUUCCGGAAGAAACGUUGAUAAUGUGAAGGAUAUGGUGGGCCUCCAUAAUAUAACAUAUGCUGGCAAUCAUGGUUUGGAAGUGAUAUUUCCCACAGGAGAAAGGUAUACGCAUCAACUGCCAACCGAAUUUGACGAGCAAGUAAAAGCAUUAAUCGCUGGUCUUGAAAAAUCGGUGGUUCGGGAGGGAGCAUGGAUAGAGAACAAAGGUGCUACCUUAACAUUUCACUUUAGAGCCACACCGGAGCAUCUCCGGCCUCACAUUGAAAAAAGUGCAAAGGAAAUUAUGGAACAUGCAGGGUUUAAAGUUGAUAUUUUGUAUCAUACUUUCAUUUGCAGCAUCAUGAAACUGUUAUUUCAGGUCAGUAUUGCGCAUUGCGCCUUGGAAGCUCGACCGAAGGUUGAAUGGAAUAAGGGCACAGUGGUGACUAUGUUGCUCGAUAAAGAAUAUGGAAAAGAUGAAUGGCAAGACAAUAUUAAAGUCAUUUUUGCUGGCGAUGACAAUACAGAUGAAGAUGCAAUGAAGGUGCUAAGAGGAAAAGCGGCGACAUUUAGAAUAACUAAUAAUUCAAAAAUUACCACCCACGCUGAGAAGUUAUUGUCUUCAACAGGGUCACUGGUCAACAUUUUAAAAUUCCUGGAGAAUAUACUAGAGAAAUAAAACAUAAUUAAUAGUAGUUCAUUUGUCAGGGCUCUAUAAGCAAA